CCUCCUUUCAUUUUCAGUGCUGGAGAUCUCUUUGGUCGACUUCGCCCACCGCAGUGAUCACAGCCCAACGCCCCCCGCACCUCCUCCCUCCCUCCCCCUCCCUCACCCCACUCCAAGCAAACGGAGGCCUUCCGAAACUCAUUGCAAAGAGAGUUGGCGUCUGUGAAGCAAAGUUGUUCAGUCUCUCUCUCUCUCUCUCUGCAGGGUUUAUUUUCGGGAGAGAUCGACUGUAUAGGCAGUUGAUGUCUCUCCGGCUCUCUGGUUUCUGCUUUGUAACUUUGCAGAAACCUCACAGACAUGUUGUCCAGAAGGUAAAAACAAGAACGUAAUUUGGCUCAGUUUAAAAAAAAUAACAAAAUAUAUUUAUAAUAUUGAGACGCCAAGUAUCAGAUCCGCAUGUGGGACUCGAACUGGAUUCUCGCAGGGUCUCCGCUAUCUUGCACUUGGAGGGAGAGAGGGGGAGGGAGAGAGAACCUUCUAUGAAAGAAGAGCGUUCAGUGACCGAUUUUGAAAGAGUUCUUUCCCCCCCCUCGAUGUCUCUCUCUCCCUCUCCCUCUCUCCCUCUCUAUAUGAAUCGAAGGAGCGAUGCAGCCGGGGAUUUGCACACCGAAUUAAUCCAGCACAAUAUGGCAGAUCGACACGGUGUUUAGCAAGGAAACUGGCUUUGUAUGCUGCCAUGCAUAGCACACAGCAUCGCACCGAUGGCCCCAAUGUACCAAGGUAUGGGCUCGCAAGUGGAAGUCUUUUCCCCUCACACAAUUCAGUCAAGUGCCUUCUGCAGUGUGAAGAAGCUGAAAGUGGAGCCGGGUUCUAACUGGGAUAUGACCGGGUAUGGUUCUCACAGUAAAGUCUACACCCAGAGCAAGAGUACGACCAUUGCACAGUCAACAGUCAGCGCCUCUCUUCAAGUUACCAAUCCCACUCUAUCCUACGAGCAGACGGUGAUAUUUCCGGCCAGCGCCGGCCACAUUGUCUUCACCACCGCCAACAGCACGUCGGGGUUGGUGGCCGUGUCUGCUCAGGCCUUGGGGGGUCCUCAGAACCUGACGCGUCGCAGCACCGUGAGCCUCCUCGACACCUACCAGAAAUGUGGCCUGAAGCGGAAAAGUGAGGAGCUCGAGAACCCCAGCAGCGUGCAGAUCAUCGAGGAGCAUCCGCCAAUGCUUCAGAACGCCACCAGUGGCGCCACUGUUGCCACGGCGGCCACCUCCACCGCCACCUCCAAGAACAGUGGCUCGAACAGCGAGGGUGACUACCAGCUCCUGCAGCACGAAGUGCUGUGCUCAAUGACCAACACGUACGAGGUGUUAGAGUUCUUAGGCCGGGGAACGUUCGGCCAAGUGGUCAAGUGCUGGAAAAGGGGGACCAAUGAAAUUGUGGCCAUCAAGAUUCUGAAGAACCACCCUUCCUAUGCGCGGCAGGGUCAGAUCGAGGUGAGCAUCCUCGCCCGGCUAAGCACAGAGAGCGCGGAUGAUUACAAUUUCGUCCGGGCCUACGAGUGCUUUCAGCACAAGAACCACACUUGCCUUGUCUUCGAGAUGCUGGAGCAGAACUUGUACGACUUCCUGAAGCAGAACAAGUUCAGCCCGCUGCCCCUCAAGUACAUUCGGCCCAUUCUCCAGCAGGUGGCCACCGCCCUGAUGAAGCUCAAGAGCCUGGGGCUGAUUCACGCUGACCUCAAGCCGGAGAACAUCAUGCUGGUGGACCCAGUCCGGCAGCCCUACCGAGUCAAAGUGAUAGACUUUGGCUCAGCCAGUCACGUGUCUAAGGCCGUCUGCUCCACUUAUCUACAGUCCAGGUAUUACAGAGCGCCAGAGAUUAUCCUGGGAUUGCUGUUUUGCGAGGCGAUCGACAUGUGGUCACUGGGGUGCGUAAUCGCAGAGCUGUUCUUGGGGUGGCCGCUGUAUCCAGGGGCGUCAGAGUACGAUCAGAUCCGUUACAUCUCACAAACACAAGGGUUGCCGGCGGAGUAUUUGUUAAGUGCAGGGACAAAGACAACGCGGUUCUUCAACAGAGAUCCGGAUUCGUCGUAUCCAUUAUGGAGGCUUAAGACACCAGAAGAUCAUGAGACAGAGAUGGGAAUCAAGUCGAAGGAGGCAAGGAAGUACAUUUUUAAUUGUUUGGAUGAUAUGGCACAGGUGAAUAUGACCACGGAUCUGGAAGGAAGUGAGAUGCUGGCGGAGAAGGCAGACAGACGGGAGUUUAUCGAUCUGCUGAAGAAGAUGUUGACGAUUGAUGCAGACAAGAGAAUUACACCGAUUGAGACGCUGAGCCAUCCCUUUGUAAUGAUGACCCACCUACUGGAUUUUCCUCAUAGCACACACGUCAAGUCCUGCUUUCAGAACAUGGAGAUUUGCAAGCGAAGGGUCAAUAUGUAUGACACAGUGAACCAGAGUAAGACACCAUUCAUCACACACGUGGCUCCAAGCACUUCAAGCAACCUUACGAUGACCUUCAGCAACCAACUCAGUACAGUUCAAAACCAGGCCAACAGUCUGGCUCCCACAUCCACAAGUGCCACCCUUUCCCUUGCCAACUCUGAUGUCUCCUUACUUAACUACCAAUCUGCACUUUACCAGCCUUCAGCAGCUUCCAUGGCGGCCGUAGCCCAGCGGAGCAUGCCACUGCAGUCAGGAGCCUCACAGCUGUGUGCACGACCUGAUCCCUUCCAACAGGCCUUAAUUGUGUGCCCGCCUGGAUUUCAAGGAUUGCAGGCCUCCCCCACCAAGCAUGCUGGGUACUCAGUCCGGAUGGAGAAUGCUCUUCCAAUCGUUACGCAGGCUCCAGGAGCUCAGCCGCUUCAGAUCCAGCCUGGCCUACUAACACAGCAGACUUGGCCGAGUGGGACCCAGCAGAUCCUUUUACCUCCAGCAUGGCAGCAGUUAACAGGAGUGACGACUCAUACCUCAAUGCAGCAUGCUACUGUUCUUCCAGAGACAAUGGCUGGGACCCAGCAACUGGCAGAUUGGAGGAACACCCACCCACAUACUAGCCAUUACAACACCAUCAUGCAGCAGCCGGCUCUGCUGGCAAGUCAUGUGACCCUGCCAUCUACCCAGCCAUUGAAUAUUGGUGUCGCUCAUGUAAUGAGGCAGCAGCCCACCUCAAGCUCCUCGUCAAAGAAGAAUAAGCAGCAGUCCUCCGCCAGGAAUACUUCAGCAUACGAAGUUUCCUCCUCCCGUAGCUUCAGCUCGCACUCACCGCAGCGCUCGAAACGCGUCAAGGAGAACACUCCUCCUCGCUGUGCUGUAGUGCAGGACAGUCCAGCCUGUAACACCUUGACAUGUGGCUGGGGAGAAGCCACCAGCACAACCCAGGAGAACCAGAGGCAGACCAUUGUCAUUCCUGACACACCCAGCCCAGCGGUCAGCGUCAUAACUAUCAGCAGCGAUACGGACAAUGAAGAAGAACGCAAGCGUGUACCCAACAGAUCAUCAAAACAGAGGAAGAAUGUGAUCAGCUGUGUCACAGUUCAUGACUCCCCAGAUUCUGACUCCUCAAACAGCAACAGUCCGACUGCGGUGCGACAGCGACACACCAUCGGCAACAACACCACCUACAAUUCGACCAAAGGACAGUCGGACAGCCACUACGGCGGAAACCCACGGACUAUCAUUGUCCCUCCCCUCAAGACACAGUCAAGUGACACCGUGGCAGGAUGUGAUCGCCUCGUGUCAGGUGUACAGGGGCAACAUUCAUUGGGACACAAGACCAAACACUCCAGCACAGUAACAUCUAGUACAAGUCACUCCUCAGGGAGUUUCUCGGGGAUAUCACCUUACCGGCAACAGAGGUCAACAGCCCAUUCCUUACAACAGCAACCACUUAAUCUCAGUCAGGCUCAGCAACAUGUGACAAGCAUACCGGAGCGGAGUGGGAACCAUGGACAUCGAAGACAACAGGCUUACAUCACACCGACCAUUGCACAGGCUCCUUACUCAUUCCCACAUCGUAGUCCUUCACACACCACCGUGCAUCCUCACCUGGCUGCAGCUCAUCUACCAGGUCAGCCUCAUCUGUAUACCUAUGCCACCCCCGCUGCCCUGGGCCCCACAGGCACGGUGGCUCACCUUGUGACAUCGCAGGGCUCUGCCAGGCACGCUUAUGCUACCCAUCCUGGGGGAAUAGUUCACCAAGUGCCCGUUGGCAUGGGGCCAAGAGUACUGCCAUCUCCAACCAUCCAUCCAAGUCAGUACCAACCCCAGUUUGCCCAUCAGACAUACAUCAAUGCUUCGCCAGCCUCAGCUGUCUACACAGGAUACCCACUGAGCCCAACCAAGGUAAACCAGUAUCCCUACCUUUAAGACUAGAGAUCAAUAAGACAUUGUAUUGAAUUAAAACAAGCAGCAAUGCAUCUCACGUUUGGGAAGGUACUUCAGAAACGGGCUGGAAGGAAGUGUGCCUAGUCACGGAAUGAGAAAAACAAAUCUUUUUAUGAGAAGUUUGUUUUUUAAAAAAAAUCACCAAAACUUAAGUCUGUUAAUUGACCUCUGGUCAAUGACGAAGACCUUCAAAGGGGAGUCGGUCAAUGGAUGGGUGGAGGACGUUAACGAUCUGCAACCUGGAAACGACUCUCAGAGUUUGGUUGAAAUUUUAUUGGUGAAGUUCAGUAAAUGUACUACAGCUGUUGACUUUCCCAGUUCUACUUUCUUUUAUUUUUUUUGAAAAACAAAGAGCUGCUCUUCCUUUUCUAAAUAAAACCAUCCUUGUGAAGGUAAAGGUUGCCAGGGCCCCUUAGAAUGUAGAGAGUCAAGGAAAGCAUCAUUCAGUGACGCGAUACCAAUAGAUAUUACGUGAUUACACAACCGUGAUUCAGCCUAACUCUGUUCUUAAGGCAUACUAGAUGAGUCUGUUCAGAGCUCCAGUGUGUAUGUGUGUGUGCAUGUGUGCUGAUAUUCUUGUCUGUGGUUUCUUUAGCAGAGGACCUCCUGGCAUAGGCAUUGGUUUUGAACAUAUUCCCUUUUAGUGCCUUACAGAAAAGGAUGAGAGUUCUACCAGAUUUCUUACAGAUCAAUGUUAAUACUGAUACAGUUCUCCCACUUGUGACUCUUGGGCAUUAUGAUCUUGGGUGGCAGAAAGGAUUAUCUGUAAGAGACCACUGGAAGAUGGGGUAGGGGUACCUUUGAGAAGGGAUUGGGGUGGUGGCUGGGCAGAGAGGAUGUACAGACUCGUUUUGUUGUACCACCCUCUCUGCAGGGUAUAACCCUACAGGUUCCUUCUUGAAAGCUUUCCUGUUCCCAUGGCCAACCAUCAUCAGUGAAAGAACAUAAAGUCUCAAGGAAGAAUGCACAAUUUGGCCCUUUAAGCCCAUCCAGAGUUUUCAUUUAAUUAAUGGAUUAAUUAAUGGCUUUCCCUCCCCUCUGCACACCAAGUUGCCAAUUUCUGGAACAUCCAUCACCCCGAAAAAGAAAAUCAAGUCUUGCCAAUGAUAAAAUCACCAGUGUUCCUCUUCUCUUAAAGGUGCCAAUUGUCAUGAAUCAAUUAUUAUCAGUUAAUUGGUGCUGGCAGACAACACACGUGUAGAAAGCCUUACAGCAUCACUGAUCCUAUCCUUAGCAAAAAUGUCGGACAGGGAGAAGGGGGAAAAAAAGAAAGAAAAUACAAGGUUGCUGUGGAGCUGCUGUACCCCAAAAUAUUGUAAGGUAUUGGGAUGAAGAUACAUUAGUUUAUAUCAAGUUAACAGAUUCUGGUGUCACCUUUAAACUUUAAUCCUCCCAUACUACUUUACUGCUUCCCCCCCACCCCCCACCCCCGAUGUAUUUUUUUUCUUCCUUGCUGCAUCAGUGUCUCGUUUUGAUAUCAGCCAUCUUUUACAACUAAGCAAGCACAAUCUUGCUAUCUUUCCCAGACAGUAUCACUCACUUAUGGUGACCUAACAGUGGCCUGUUGUCCACGGAUCUGACCAUGUUGCUUCCUGCCCAAGCAGGACUUCAAUUUCCUUCCAGUUUUCUCCCUCGCUCUCCCAAUUUCAUGCAGUACUGAUGAACCUAGACCUAAUUGUGUGGUACAAUAAGCUUAAGAGCAAACUAACCUACUCCUGUUCCUACAACUGCUUAAAUGCAUGUGUGUUUGGUGUUUCUUGGUGCCCUGUUGGAGCCUAGUGGGCAAGCAGUGGUAUGCUGUUUCACCCCACAUGGAAUCACAGCUGAGCCCCAUCGUGUCCGAAUGUACUGGCGGGUGUGAUGGUUAAUGGGCUGAGGGUUUUGCUAUACCCACUCAACUUUUAUUAAGCAUUCAGACAACAUAUGGCUCCUUUGCUGCCUUGAAGCCCUGUAAAGGGGUUCAGCCACUCACCCACGCAGAGAGGUGACAGGAGUGAAACAUUUAAGGAAGGACAGAGUAUUAGUGAUUUUUGACUACCACCUGGUGGUGAAAAGCAUGGUGAUUUUGUCUUUGUGCUUGUGUGCGUUGAGGAAUAAAAGGCAGACUAAGAAAUGGAAGUACAGGAAUCUUUUUAAUUGAUACAGUGUCAUGAUUAAACCAGGCUUUUUCUUGAAAAAUGUCUUUUGGGAAAAUUAAUGUUUUUUAAAAUAAUGAGAAGUAUUUCCUUGAUCAAUACACAAUUUGUGACUGACAUUUUUGAAAGAACAUUUGAAUUUUUCCUUGUCAGUGAUAGGUUUUACAUGUAGCUGCUGUUUUGAAUAUUUUGAAUUAGCAUUGAUUUUGUUUUAUUUUCCCUUGCCUCUGGUUUUCUUUCUGGUGACAACCAGCUCCACGUAAUUGAGUGGGAACUAUUUAAUUUCUUGCUGUUUGUUUCAAGCAUUGUUAUAUUUAUUUCCUUUUGGAGCAGUGUUGUCCAAUAAACAAUCUGCUACCCACAGAGCUAUCUAUAGUUAGUUAUAGUCAUCUACACUCAUUUUAAUUAGACAUUGUUACAUCCUGGUAAAUGUAAAACACAUGCACAUUUACUUAACAAACAUCUAGUAUCAUUCGGCAACUAAGUAACACAGUCCUGACGAUUAACGCUGUCUACUUCUCGUCUUGCCAUUUUACCAGGAAAUGCACAAAAAGGUUCACUUGUGUAGGUUGUAUGAAUAUGACACCAGUGGCUUUUUUUGUUGAUAUUUAGUCCAAUUGUUUCCCAAUGAGCAUGUGGCUAGUGGCUAAUGUAUUUGGCAACACUGCUUUGGGGCAGAUAACUGAUGAAAACUGAAGGUGUUGAGAAUGUAUUUCUGCACACAGUUGGGGUUUUAAAGGACAACAUGAGCUGUAUCAGUUGGGUUCCAACUGGCCUAGGAAGAAGUGCACUGGAACUUUUCCGGAAGUUGAAUUAUUAUCGGGUGACAAUAACAGUCACGUACAUUCUGAAGGCUUGGUCUUAUCCUGGGCCUGACAGUAGCCAACUACAACCCAGAUGGGGAAAAGAGUCGGUUCUGAAUAAGGAUGGAGACAUAAGGAAAAGAACAAGUAAAACGUGUACAAAACAAGAUGGCUCUUGUCACCAAAGAAACCACAUUUUAUUGCAUCAUAUUUUCUUUGCCGCCCCUUGACCACUGGGUUAUUUUUUGAAGCUUUCUUCGCCCUGUUAGGAGGAGGGAGCUGGAACUUGUUCCUCCUCUUGUGUAACUAACUCUUAUUUCCUAACCAUUGUUGUUUCUUUAGGUUGGAAUUUCUUAGUUUAAUGAUGACUGGCAUUGCUGCUAUUUUGAUGUAUUUAUACAUUUGAGUGAGUCCAUAUCUGUUCUGUGUGUAUAUACAUAUAUUUAUAUAUAUAAAAAAAGAAAACAAAUGUUCCUAGUCAUUAAAUCCAGGAAGGGGCUCAAAAAUCUACUGAGAACCAGGUAAAGUGAGCUGUCUGCACAGUUUAAAUUUUAAGUCACAUGAGAAUCAAUUUUUAUUCUGUUUAAUGAAUUUAUACAAGUACCUUUUUAAAGACAUAUUGAGAUGCAAGUGUUCGUCCACUCAACGUCAACCACAAGCCCUUGUUCACAACCAACCCCCAAUGUCAAUGGGUAGUAGCAGGUUUGGGCUGGUGGACAGAUCAGCAUUGACUUUGGGAGGAUUAACCAUUCACACGUGCAAAUAUUUCAUCAGAGAUCAAUGUGUGGCUGAAGUUUCUGGGUAGCUUGAAUCCAUUUGAUGUUUGACUUUCCAUAAUGCUUGCUUGCUUACUUGCAUUAGAUUUUUUUGCUGCUCACUGUACCUUAGUUGUUUAAAAUGAACUGGUAGCCUUUAUGCUUGUUAAUCCAAGUGAAAUGCUAUGGCAGUGGUGCAUUUUGAGCAUCUUUACAAUUCGGCUGAAAGUGCCUUUGAUUCCGAAGACCUUCCAUGUAUAUUGGCAAUUGUGCAUGGUUUUUAAAAAGGAAUGUGAGUUUCAUACAUUCAGCAGAAAGGCAUACCAGUUCUUUGAUGCCAAGCAUGGAGUGUAGACAUAACUGGCCACAGUUCUCCAAAGCAGGCUCCCUUCAGCAACAACAUUGGAAACCAAUUCCAAUAUUGUUCUGUUAAACGGAAAUGGCUCCAUGUUGGAGAUACUAUCACAUGCAAAGAGUUAUAUGGAUUGGAGACAAGAAACAUGGAAUUUAUAAGAGAUUUUACUAUACCAAACACUGCUACAAGCAACCCACGAGAAAAACUGUGGCGUUAUAAAAAUGGUCUCUUUUUCCAAUUUCCUUCAUUAAAUUUUCAGGAGGUGGCGAUAAAAAUUAUUGUUUGGGACAUUGAAGAUAGUUGGGGCGGGGGCCUUGUGAUGAAAGUGCCAAUAAUAUGACCGAUCAGAAUUGACCAACUAUUGGUACAAAUCUGGGAUUUAGAGAGGAUAAAGAAAAGCACCAAAAAAAUUUCAGGGGUUAUAUCAUCCCUCAUUCCAUCAUGUUCGCCACCCCUUUGUUGAUUAUAUCUGUCUUUUUGAAAGUCUCUGACAGCCAGAAACAUGUCUGAGACUUUGGGGGCGGUUGCGUUUCAGCUAUACACACUAUUAUUCAAAUUUUCUUUUUAGCUGCUAGAUUACAGAAAUUAUUAUGGUUCUUGCCUUGGGCUAGAACAAAUUUAGGGCUGGUACUAAUUUUGCAGGAGUAUUUUUUUUAUUACACAAACCAAACUAAACUUCAAGUUAAAAAAAUGGUUGAUGUAGUCCUGCAACCAUAAUAACUGGUUGUUUUUUCUUUAAGAUCCCAAACAGAUACACUCAAAUUUGACAUAGCUGCUGGAGGAAAGGGGUCUCUUUUCCUAAAUGGCUUCAGUCCUCCCCUCUCCUGGUUCCUUGCUGCCUUGCAGCCUUGCAGAUUGAUCUUAAUGUCUUGCUCAAGUAGCCAAGCUUCACUUGUGGAGGCAGGAUUUGCAAUGGGCACCAAAUGCAGAACAAUGAUUGAAACAGGACCCAAUAGGCUUUUUCCAAUGCUCCUAAUGUAAGCCCUGCGCGAAGUAAUUCACCUAGCAGAGAUCUUGGAAUUUCCUGCUCCUUAAUUGAAUUUGGGAAGCACACUAUUGAACUAUUAUAUGCAUUUUAAGCUCAGUGUCACUUUAUUGUCAUCUAUAAUACAUACCAACUCCAGUUCUGAAUUGAAAGAAUAGUGAUGUUGAUAAUUUGUACAUGCAGCUGAGCUGAUGAGGAGAGAGAUGGGUGUGUUGGUCUCAAAAGGCAGGGGAAUGGAGUCUGAUGAUGAAAUUGGAGAAGGGUUAAGGUGACAAAAUCAAUGAAGCAGGACAAUUGCAUUGUGCACAAUUCACAAAAAGGAAAAGUGAGGGUUACUAUGGUUGGUAAUGUAGUUGGUAUAUAUUAUAGUUGCAUUUUGAGAUGCUUGAGUAAAACUUUAAUGUCCAUCAUUUGCUAUAUUUACAAAUAAAAGUAUAAAUAAUUACUUUGUACCUCCACCUGUAAAAUUUGUAUUGUCAUCAAAUACUCUGCUUCAGACUUUGGAGAGAAUCCUGAUCCUUUGAAUUGAUUCAGAGUUAUACUCUUAAUGAGAACUGAGCCUGACUCUGUUUCAGUUCACACUUUGCAGAAUAUAAACUGUCCAUGAACAGCCAGGUUACAGUGAAGAGGAAAAAUUGCAGAGAGGCAGUAAGGUAAAAUGCCUGUCCUGACUACGUUGCCAUGACACACCGACACUGAAAUGCCCUACGCCCCAAGUCCACUCACAUUUCAUGGCCUUAUCACACUGUCCUGAUCUGCCAAUACUGUUUAUAUGAACACUGCACAGCCUUUCUCAAACAGCCAUGUCCUGCGUGAACAAUUCCAAACCUUGAUCACACUGCCCUGUCAACACCAUCAUACUUUGCAAACUUUGCACUGUCCUACCAAUUUUUAACUAUCCAGUCUGAUAUGCCCACACCAUUCCAUUCUUCUCUCUUGGUCUGCCUUGCUGUAUGUACUGUCCUGUCCUGCAAUGUUUAAAUAACCUGUCCACUCCAUGCUGUCUUGCACUGCCCAUUUUUAGGCUGACCACAUUGUACAGGUUCACCCAAAUAGUUCUACUCUUGCUUAGUCUCACUACUAUUACAGAACUGGUUAACUCAGUGAAGGAACAGAACCCAAGGCAGGCUGGAAGAUAACUGGUUUUCCAAUCUGACCAACCAGAGAUAGUAAUAAUCAAGAAAACAAUUAAAUGAAAAGUUAGAAUGAGUAACUUACAAUGCACAGAUAACAUUUGCUCUUACAAAAGAAAAGGUUUUCUUAUCCCAAUUUCUUGUAAACACAAUAACACAAGAAAGCAGGACCAGGAGUAGACCAAAGCCCGGCCAUUUAAUAAUAUCAUGGCUGAUCUAUGCUGGUCUCUUCUCUGCCAGCUGCCCAUAACUCUCAAUUCCUCAAUCUAUCCAAUGUUUAUCUUUCUUUACCUUAAAUAUAUCUAAUGAUCUGGCCUCCACCACCCUUAGGGACUACUAUCUGAGAGAAGAAAUUUCUAUGUUCCUUAGUUUUAAAUGACUGGCCCCUUAUUUUAUAGCUGUGUUCCCUCGUUUGUUACUCUCCCACUAGCAAGAACAUCUCAACACCUACCCUGUUAAGCCCCCUUAGUAUCUUGUAUGUUUGAAUAAGGUCACCCCUUCAUUCUUCUAAACUCCAAGGAAUACAAACCCAAAUUGUUUAGCCUCUUGGAAUCAGCUUGGUGUCUCCUUUGGACUGCUUCCAAUGCUACCAUGUCCUUAAUUAGGUAAGGGGGCCAAGAUUGUGCACAGUAUUCCAGGUGAGGCCUCACCAACACCCUGUACAACUGUAAUAAACCCACCCUAUUCUUAAACUCCAAUCCUUUUGCAAUAAAGGCCAAAAUGCCAUUUGCCUUCUGAACUAUUUGUUGGACCUGCCUGCUAACUUUUUAUGAUUCACGCACUAAAAUACCUAAACCCCUGUGAACUUCACUCAUUUGCCACCUCUGUCCAUUUGGAUUAAAAUCCACGUUUGCUUUCUCUUACUGAAGUGUAUGACCUCACACUUCCCCCACAUUAAAUUCCAUUUGCCAUGUUUAGACUCAAUCUAUUUAUAUCCCAUUGUGAUCAGAAUCACAAAGCCCUUGUCAUGACAUGCCCUUCUAACUAUUUUCGUAUCAUCGGCAAAUUUGGAGAUCUUGCAUUUUGUUUCCUCCUCCAGGUCAUCCUUGUAAAUAGUUAAAAGUUGAGGGCCAAGAACUGAUCCCUGGGUUAUUUCACUAGUUACGUCCCUCCAGCCAGAAAAGGUCCCAUAUAUUUCAACUCUACAUGACAGUCAGUUUUCAAUCCAUUUCCUCCAAUAUCAUAGAUUCUUAAUUUAUGCAACAGCCUCUUAUGUGCAAUGUCAUCAAAUGCCCUCUUGAAAUCUAAAUAUAUUACAACUACAGGUUCCCCUCUACCAAGUAUUCCUGGCCAUAUCCUCAAAGAAUUUGAGCAAAUUUGGCAAACAUGUAUUAUCUUUCAUAAAAACAUGUUGACUAGGUUUGAUUAAAUUUAGCUUUCCUAAAUGAUUAGUUGUCCCUCUUUGAUUAUUGACUCUAGCAUCUUGCCAACAAUAGAUGCUAAACUAACUGGCCUAUAGUUUCUCUCCUUCUAUCGUCCUUCCUUUUUGAACAAGUGAUUCUGGUACUCUCCUGGAAUUCAGCGAGUUUUGAAAAAUUUCAACCAAUGGGUUCACCGUCUCUACAGCCACUUCCUUUAAAACACUUGGGUGCAAUAAACAAUCAAAACAACUUUUCCCCAACUCAAACAAUUAUUACAUGGGUUUGCUUUACGCUGACCUUGACGAGAUGUGUGGUAGAGUCCAUUUUGAAUUUCCUGACAGCUGCUUGGAAUUAACAGUCUUCAGAUUCUGGUAGAUAGGAAAUCACCCCGUUUACUGAUAUAACUUUCUAGGUAUCUCACCAGACUGAAUUGGGAGAAGAGGGAAAUAAAGGGGAAAUAAGGAGGAAUUUCAUUUGUCAGUAAUGGGGGCAUAUUUAUUGGAGUCACGUGAAUCAUUGGACAAUACCCACAUCCAAACUUUGCUGCUGGUUUAUCCAAGAUACAUUUUGAGUUUUAUUUUAAACCAAGAAUCCCAUCUCAUCCUCGUUCGGCAUUAAGGCCUGGUUAUCUGUAUUCAUUCUCUGUAGGUUUGUGUAUCAAAGUGUUUCUCUGUUUUUCUUUGUGGACUGUCUUUUUGCUCUGUGGUUUGUCGUCUUUUAAAGGCAUGGGUGCAGGGUGUGGGUGGGGGGAGGUGUGAGAUGUUGUAGGAUUAUAUGUACAAUGUAGAAACUUAUAUCUUUGCCCCAUAUUCUAGAUAUGGUUAUGAGAAUGUUUAUUUUACCGAAUUGUAGUGUUUAAAAACAAAAUUCAGCCAGAAACUCAGUCGUAGCUACUAAAUGCUUGUGUUUUUUUUAAAAAAGAUGUUGUGAGCUCACUCUUAACUGUUUCAGUUGUAGGAGGAAUGAGUGGAAAUUUUUAUGGUCUCAUCUUGAAACUAAUAUUAGAAGCAUUGUAAAUUAAAAGAGGAUUUUAAUGGAAAAAUUAUAGAGUAUAUAGUUAUUUUAACUGUUACUACUAACUGUAGGGAGAAAAGGGGGUCUAUUGUUGUGAACUGUUUAGCUUGUAGUUCACUGGUUGUUGAUCAUUUUUUCGGUCUCCAAGGUGAAUCUGCUUAUCUCUUAAUCAGAAUAUAUACACUCACAUAUGCAUAUUGUAUAUGUGUAGAAAUGUAAUCACACACUGUCUUGGAUUUGCAUUAAACUGUUUUGAGUCACCACA